GAUGUGUGCAUCCUAGCAAAGUGUGAUGACCACUGGAUCACAUCACCAAAUGCUGACUAUGUUCCCCAACCCUUCAUCUUCGAUGGAGAAACAAUCACACCCCUAUGUGAUGGAUGGUUUGGCCAUAUAGACUGUUUUCAAUGGCCACAGUUGUUCACAGAAUGCUACACAUGGAGUCUGUGUGUCCCCCGGAAAGUGGCCUAUGGAGAUGACCCAAUGUGGAAGUGGCUGUGGUGGAACAUUACCCAGUCAGCAGAGGAUUUUGUGCUGGAAAGAGGGUCUGCCUUCAAAGUUGGCAGGAUUCAUGCUGACAAGUGGAAGUCAAUGGAGACUGUUUAUAAUUGA